CAUGACGUAGGACGUAUGAAAGUGCGUAGCGGCGGUUGCUGGUAGUCACUUUUCCCUCCUCGUUGACUAAGCUAGCCUCUCUGCUGAUGUUAAGCUAAAGGCAGGUUUUCAUCGCGUGACAUUUUGCGCAUUCUUCGUCUUUCUUGGAGGAAGAUCGACAAAAGAACCCAACGUCCACGGCUACGUUGUCAAAGAAGACCUAUGCGGGCCCGCUAGGAGGACAAGAUGUUCAACAAGUCAUUCGGCACUCCCUUCGGCGGAGGGACGGGGGGGUUUGGCACCUCGUCCACCUUUGGGCAACCAAACGCUGGUUUCGGGGCGACCGGAGGCUUCGGGACGUCUGCGUUCGGGGCGACCGCCAACAGCGGAGGCCUGUUUGGAGCCACGCAGAACAAACCUGCAGGUGGUCUGUUCGGGUCCAGCACCUUCAGCCAGCCAGCGGCGCCCGCUGCCAACGCCGGCUUUGGUUUCGGCGGGGCGACCGGCACCACAACCAGCUUGUUUGGCAACACCGCGACCGGCGCCAGCAGCGGCCUCUUCUCCCAGCCCAGCAAUGCCUUCGGAGCCGGCAAACCCACGUCGUUCGGAAGCUUUGGGACCAACACCAGCACCGGCGGGCUGUUUGGGGCCACAAACACCGCCUCCAACCCGUUCGGUGGAGGCGCCGUUGCCUCCCUGUUUGGAGCCUCCGGGUUCACUGCUCAGCAGCAACAACAACAACAACAACAACAACAACAACAACAGCAGCAGCAGCAACAACAGCCGGGAACCACCGUCAAGUUCAAUCCUCCAACAGGAAGUGAUACCAUGGUGAAAGCCGGCGUGACCACCAGCAUCAACACGAAGCACCAGUGCAUCACGGCCAUGAAGGAGUACGAGAACAAGUCCCUGGAGGAGUUGAGACUGGAGGACUACCAGGCGGGCAGGAAGGGCCCGACCAACCCAAUGGUGGCGCCGACUGGCGGCCUGUUCGGAGCCACUGCAGCGACGUCCACCGCCGCCACCGGGCUGUUUGGCGCCGCCGCCCCCAACACAAACUUCUCCUUCGGCCAGAACAAGACGACCUUCGGGGCAGCGCCUGCAGCGGCGGCCGGCGGGUUCGGCACGGCGGCCGGCGGGCUGUUCGGCCAGCCGGCCGCCCAGCAGGCCAGCAGCCUCUUCAAGCCCUUUGGCCAGACCACCACCACCCCCAGCACCGGCUUCUCCUUUGGCAACACCAACACCAUGGGGCAGGCCAACACCAGCACCAUGGGUCUGUUCGGGAACACGGCGGCCCCCCAGGCGGGCGGCCUGUUCGGCGCCGCUCAGCCCAGCGCCGCCACCGGCUUUGGCACGACCACCGGUCUCUUCGGGUCGACCAACGCGGGCUUCGGCACCGUGGGGGCUCAGCAGAGCUUGUUCGGGAACAAGGCGGCCGGGUUCGGCACCGCCACCACCAGCGCCCCGUCCUUCGGCACCGGCACCGGGCUCUUCGGCAACAAGCCCACCCUCACGCUGGGCACCGGCACCAACACCUCCACCUUCGGUUUCGGCGCCAACGCCGCCGCCGGGAGUCUGUUCGGCACGAAGCCGGCCGCUGGGGGGCUGGGGACGGCGCUGGGGACCAGCUUUGGAGCAGCAGUGGGCACCGGGCAGACGUCCCUCUUUGGGAACAACCAGGGCAAACUGGGAGCCACACUGGGAACGAUGGGAACCUUCGGCGCCACCGCCUUCAACAGCGGAGCAAACGCGAUGGGGUUUGGAGCUCCACAGCAGCCCGUCGCACUCACCGAUCCGAGUGGCACGGCCUCCCAGCAGGCAUUGCUGCAGCAGCAGCUCAGCGUCUUGGCCUACUCGCCGUACGGAGACUCGCCGUUGUUCAGGAACCCGCUGUCGGACCCCAAGAAGAAGGAGGAGCGUCUAAAACCGACCAAUCCGACGGCCCAGAAGGCUCUGACCACGCCCACCCACUACAAGCUGACCCCCCGCCCGGCGACCAGGGUCCGCCCCAAAGCGCUGUCCUCGUCGGGGGCGUCCAAGUCGCAGCUCUUCGACGGGCUGGACGACGACGAGCCGUCGCUCACCAACGGAGCCUUUGUACCCAGGAAGAGCAUCAAGAAGCUGGUGCUGAAAAACCUCAACAGCAGCCAGUACAACAGCCCCCAGAACAGCAGCCCCCCCAGCAAAGAGACCGACGACCUGGCUUCACCUCCAGAGUACCCGCAGAACGGACACAGUCACAUGCAGGACGAGGGGGAGGAAAUGCCGGGUCCCAGCAGCCGGACAGACGACGACCCCGAGGUCACCCAGUUUUACGUCAACCCCAUCGCCAAGCCCCUCCCACAGGGCCGCCUCCAGGCCAGCCUGCAGGACACCAUCAGCGACCUCAACAUGCACAAACCGGCCCGCGGCGCAGGCCUGGAGCUGAGCACCGACGACGUAUCUGCGUCUCUGGGGGAGGAGUCUCUGCAGGAGGACAGAGACGAGGAGGAGGAGGAGGAGGAGCAACAGCUGGAGUCCCAGCAGUCUCCUCACCCAGCAGGCAUCGUCCUGAACCGCGUGGGUUACUACACCCUCCCCCCCAUGGACGACCUGGCCGACAUGGUGGAUGAAAACGGAGACUGCGUGGUGGAGAACUUCACUGUGGGGCGGAAAGGCUACGGCUCCAUCUUCUUCCCGGGCGAGGUCAACGUGGCGGGGCUGAACCUCGACGAGGUUGUGCACUUCCGCCGCAAAGAGGUCAUUGUGUACCCGGACGACAAGAACAAGCCUCUUGAGGGGGAGGGGCUUAACAGGCGAGCUGAGGUGACCCUGGAUGGCGUCUGGCCGAACGACAAGACGGCGUGCACUCAGAUCCGGUGCCCCGACCGCCUGACGGAGAUGAACUACGAGGGCCGGCUGGAGAAGGCCUCCCGCAAGCAGGGCGCCCGCUUCCUGGAGUACCGCCCCGAGACCGGGUCCUGGGUGUUUGAGGUGGCCCAUUUCUCUAAAUACGGCCUCCAGGACUCUGACGAGGAGGAGGACGUUCCGCUCAAAGUCGACCCCAAGAAGCUGAAGACGAUGAUGUCACUUCCUCCCGCCAGGCUGAACCCCCCCUCCCAGCAGCAGGUGGCGCCACAGGCUCAGUCUCCCGUUGCCGUGGAGAUCCCAGGGGGCGUGGCCGAGCUGGAUAGCGACAUGGCCGACAUCACCCAGAGCUUCCCAACAGAGAGCAUGCUGGGAGACGAGGGGGGGGUGGACUGGACGGACAGGAAGCUCGGCGGCUCGAUUCCCGCGGAGCACGACGGCGUCUCCUCCUCCGGCCACAUGGCGUCCUCGCUGGGCAUCAACCCGCACACGCUGCAGAUCAUGAAGGCGUCGCUGUUCGCCGAGGACGACGAGGAGGGCGACGCCCCCCGGGAGCCGAGGUCGACGAAGGCCGAAGUCGCGUCCCCUCGACUCGUCGUGCCGGGGGCUCAGAGUCGACCCUCCGUCGGGGGUCUCCUUCAGGCUCGCUUCACCUCCGGCUUCUUCUCUCAGCUGUCGGACUCCCCCCGCCCCCCCCCUCUUCCUCCUCUGACGCGGGGGUCGCCCGCUGCCAAAGAGCCCUCCCACUGGGCGGGGCUGGGGCCCUCGCCCUUCCUGCUGCCCCCCCGAGCCCCGGAGCCCCCUGUGCGGACGGUUGGCGUGCGGCGCCUCGGGGGCCCAGUCGCCCUCCAGGAGUCGGUCACUUUGGGGAAGGGGGCGCUGCUGAUGGACGGCGCUCUGUUUGCGGGCCGGUCCUUCCGGGUGGGGUGGGGCCCCGGCUGGACGCUGGCUCACUGCGGCCAGCGGCUGAGCUCGCCGGCAGACGGGCCGCCGGACCGCCGCGACCUCGGCAAGACGGACUUCAGCUUCCUGCCCAAACCCGCCAGGAGCAAACUACUCACUGAAAGCCCCUACAAGGUGGUGCUGGAGCAGCUGCUGGGUCUGGAGCCGCCGUUGAAGACCAGCGAGGUGGAGGAGGAGGUGGAGGAGGAGAGCCGGGCGGUGCUGCUGCGCCCCCUGGAGAUCUGUCUGAGGAACAGCACCGUCGACACCUCCCACGACUCCACCUGCCCGCUGGUGCGGCCGCGGCUCGGCGUGGCGGCGCUGCACGAGUACGCCGAGUGGAUCCGAGAGCUGAGCGACCGCCGCGGGGGGGCAGACGCGCCCCCCCUGGGUCAGUGGGCCGAGGUGUGGACGCUGUGCGAGGCGCUGUGGGGCCGGCUGGGCGCCGCCGACGCCCCGGAGCCCGGCACGGAGGCGCCUGGCGACUAUGAGCAGCAGCUGGAGAGGAGGCGGAGCUUCUCGUCCUGGCUGUCGCGGGGCGCCGCCCGCCGGGUCGAAGCGGAGGCGGCGCUGGCUGAGAGAGGUCGGCACACGGACGCCAUCUUCAGCUACCUGACGGCAAACCGCAUCAGCGAGGCGUGCCGCCUGGCGCAGAGGGAAGGCGACCACCGGCUGUCCCUGCUGCUCUCCCAGGCCGCCGGCUCCCAGCACUGUCGGGACCUGCUGAGCCUGCAGCUCGCCGACUGGAGCCGCAUGCAGACGGACUGCUACCUGCCCGAGGAGCGGCUCCGCAUCUUCACGCUGCUCUCCGGCAAACCUGUGUGGCAGUCGUCGGACUCGGUGGUGAACGUUUGCUCCGAGCUGGACUGGAAGCGCUGCCUCGCCGUGCACCUGUGGUUCAUGCUGCCGCCCACCGCCUCUGUGGCCGACGCCCUCGCCAGAUACGAGGCCGCCUUCCAGGGCUCAUGUGACGGGGGAAAGUACGCCUGCGCGCCGCUGCCUUCGUACCUGGAGGACGUGGUGGAGGAGGAGCAGGAGGAGGAGCCUAAACGGCCGCUGCACGACCUCUGCUUCCACCUGCUCAAACUCUACAGCGACAGGCACUACAGCCUGCAGCAGCUGUUGGACCCUCUGACCGUCACCUGGCAACGCCUGGACUACCGGCUCAGCUGGCACCUGUGGGGCGUCCUGCAGGCGCUGCACUACAGCCACCUGAGCGCCUCGCGGCAGGGACUCCUGCACGCCAGCUACGCCGCGCAGCUGGAGAGCGCCGGGGUGUGGCACAUGGCCGUGUUCAUCCUGCUGCACAUCCCCGACCACAUUCAGCGGGAGGGGGCCGUGAGGGCCAUGCUGACCCUGCACUGCUGCCUGCAGGAGACGCCCGAGUCGCUGCGCAGGGAGCGCUUCCUGACGGAGAGGCUGCUGAUCCCGGAUCAGUGGCUCCACGAGGCGAAGGCCACCCGAGCGCGCCGCGACGGCGACCGCCACCAGGAGGCGCUGCACCUGUACCGGGCCGGGUCCUGGACCCAGUGCCACCGGCUGCUCAUCCAGCACCUGGCCUCAGAUUGCAUCAUCAACGACAAUCACGACUACCUGCUGGAGUUCCUGGAGGGCCUGGCGGUCCCUGAACACAGCGCCACCAUCCAGGACUGGGACACGGCGGGGCGGGUUUACCUGGACUACAUCCGGGUCAUCAACACGCUGCAGGACAUCCAGCAGGUGGAGGCCGCUGGCUUUGAGUUGGAGCGUCUCUACGGCGACGUCACGUCUCUGUGCAGCAGAAUCGAGCUGCUUCCCUGCAGCUCCGCCAGAGACCGCCUCGCCCAAUCAGAGAUGGCGAAGCGUGUGGCCAACAUCCUGCGGGUGGUGCUGAGCCUGCAGCAGGGCGACGCCCCCCCCGACCCGCUGGGGGGGGGUCUGGGCCAGCUGGCGCUGCACAUCGGGCGGCUCCCGAUGCCGGAGGACUACACGCUGGAGGAGCUGCGCGGCCUCACUCAGUCCUACCUGCGCCAGCAUGUCCUCAGCCAAUGAGGGGGCAGGAGGGCGGGCCUUUGGUUACCUGGGAGACGAAGAACUCGGUUCUGGAUAAGAAGAUAAAAACCCGUUUGAAUCCUGCUUUAAUGUUUUUAUAUUUGUGGUUUCUGUCGGUUUCCAAAGUCUUUAAACUUCUAUCGUUUACGUCAACGCUUCAUUUUAGACAAAUAAUUUACAGUGAAUAAAUAAUCAGGUCAGAGUUCAGUUAGGAUUUUAGCUUUUAUACACGUGAAGUUUAAUGAUUUAAAAAACAAAUGGAAACCAAAACAAACAGCAAAUAUAAAUUGUAAAGUCGAUAAAACUAUUUGCAGCUGAUUGCGUGACGUCGUUACUUUUGAAAUUCUCCCCCAAAAAAAACACCUGGUCCCUAAAACAUUUUUUUUGCUUUGACCCCAAAGAAAGUUUGUAUAAGAAAUAAAGAGAAAAGGUCAUUUUUUUUUCCCCUCGAAGGAGGGUUUUAUAACAUGCAAGAGCCCCAAGUAGAUGUUGGCAGCUGCCACCUGAUGCUAAGCUAACGUAGCAUCGCGCGGCAGCAGCCACUCGCGCUGAAAAAUUCUCGCUCUAUUUUUGUAGAUUUGUUUUGUAAAUCAAAUGUUUGUUGGAGGAAGUGUGUGUUGUACAUGAUUUUGUUGGUAUUUUUUAAUAAAGUCAAGUAGAAAUACACUGUUUUUUUUUUAAA